AUGAUGUUUCCGAUUAAUGUUCUACUGUACAAGUGGCUUAUAUUUGCAGUGACUUUCUUAUGGAGCUGUAAAAUUUUACUAAGGAAGCUUUUAGGAAUAAAUAUAACAUGGAUUAACCUGUUUAAACUAGAAAUAUGCGGUUUAUCCUUAGAAGAUGGUACCGUCAGGCUAAAAUCCGUUCGUUUUGCUGUAUUUGAAAGAAAGCUUUUCAUCAAGGGUCUACGAAUUGAUUCCAAGAAAUCAUCUACUAAUGAUCUUCAUAAAGAAUUACCAAGAGAGGAAGAAAGAACUUUUAUAGAGACCCCCGAAGAUAAUGGUGGGGGCUUCAUUUCUAAGAUUCUUUCAUUAUCACAAUACUGGCUCAAUGGGGUCACGAUCAUUUUGGAAGAUACGCAAUUAGUCAACAACGAUAUCACGAUUGAAAAAUUUGGCUUUUUUCUUUCAAUUGAUAACUCUAAACAUAUCAAGUCACUAAGAUUUGAUUCCUUUUUGAGAAAACUUCUUUGGAAUGGCCAGACCAUCAUUGCUGAUGCCAUUUUUAUAGUGAAUACAAACUUACUAAUUGGUGAAAUUAUGAAUCCUCUGAAGGAUGGACUUCAAGUAGGAUUAGAUUUAAAACUAGGUGAUUUAAAUAUUCCCAUGAAUUUAUUGAAUUUAUUUAUCAACAAGGAGAACGUUGAUUUGAUGUCCAAUGAAAAACUUCUACAAAGAUUGGCAGAUACAACAAAGGCGAAUGAAGAGCUAAAGGAUGAAGAUAUCGCUAAGAUGAAGGAUGAUCUCGUGUAUGCAAUGGAAAAAUUUGUAGAUCGGAUAAAGCCAUUGAAAGAAAUGAACGUCACCGUUGAUAAACUUCAAAUCAAAGAUUUUCCACUCACCAAUCAUCCAGAACUGCUUGGAAUGAACAAAUAUAUCAGUUAUAAUGUUUUGGUUUCUAAUAUAAACUUCAAUACCAACAGGUUCAGAAAUGAGAUGCCAGGUUAUACGUUAAUUUUUGAGGAGCGUGAUUCUCCCUUCAAGUUUAGUAUUAUAAUGGCAAGAUUUAAUAUAUAUUUGAAUCUAAAUCGAAAACAUCAAAGCCACGCCAAACAGUUGAAAAUUAUUGAAAUUCCAAAUGUUUCGAUAUUUGGCGAAACCAAUUUGUUCUCUCAAAAAUUUCGUCUUUCUAAUAACCUACACGCAAAGGAACUAGAGAACGCUAUUUUUAACAUCAAAGGUAAUAUAUCCUCCUUAACUAUUGACAUGGAUCCAGUAAAUAUUUCCUUUAUCAAAUGCUUCCUAUCAAACAUUAAAGUCUUUACGUCCUCUUGUCCGAAAAACAAGAUUUUAAAGGAGAAUUCUCAUGUAAAGUUCUUAACAAGGCGGAGAGUCCUAUUUGACUAUUUUAAGUGUUUUUUGCCUCUAAUCAAUAUGAAAUUCACCCUGGAUGAUCCCAAAUUUGUUAUCAAUGAUAAAGACGAUCUGAUCAUAGGCAAGUUUUCUGUCUUCAUGAUAAGCCAUCACUCUAAAAGAUAUACAUUGGGUAACAAUCUUAUGGAAGAAAAAGAAGAGACGCAACACAUUUUUUAUGAAAGCCAUUGGAAUGUUGAAUUACUAGAUAUGAAAUUACAGCAUAUUAUAAAACAUCAAAAAUACGAGCAUACAAUAUUAAGGGUGGACAGCAUUGCCAUAGAAGAAAAAGUUCAACUUUUACCGGAUAUAUUAUGUUCUGCAAACGCUGAUAUCGACACGCUAAUGCUAGAUUUAUCUGAACUUCCAACAAUGGUUAUGUUGAGUGAAUUAGUACACAACUUAGAUAGUCAGUUGGCAAAUGUCGAAGAGAAUUAUUUCAAAGAGUUCUAUGAAAAGUUCGCAUCUAAUUUACAAAAUAUGAAAGCUGAAUGUUCUAAUAUGGCUAAAUGUUUGAGACAGAAGGAAAUUUUACCAAGCGACUUCAUGUUCCAGCAACUACCUGAUUUUUUCGAUUAUAUUAAAAUCAAUAUUAGAGACAUAUCAUCCACCCUAGGUGCUAGGUCGGUUUUUAUGCCAAGAGAUGUUUUCUCUUCCGUUGACUCUCAAAGUUCAAAGGACCUAAUUGAUGGCAAACUAAGAAAAUACUGCAAUACAGUCGAAAAAUUGCAAAUUGCUUUAUUUGGUGACAAGACACAAUGGCAUAACAAAAUUGGCUCAAAUCACGCUACUAUGGUUAGGUCUGGUCAGCUCACAAAUUUUAGUAAAGAUAAUAAACAGAAUCCUAACCAUAAGUCCAGUAUUGCCGAUUUAGACGAUAUAUCGACUAGUGAUGCGACAGAGGUAAAUCAUCUUUGGAACAUCAACUUACUAGUAAAUGAUAUAACUACGUCAAUAAUCGGAGAGACACCCGAAGUGAGCGAAGAAUUGUCCACUAAAACUGUUUCCAAAGUUUCUAAUUUAUCAAUUAAGCUAUUUCCAGACACUGAGUCAUUUAGUAGCAAUGAAAGCGAUUCGAAGAUAAUUUUGCAAAUAAAUCACUCCAGAGGAACAUCGGUAGUAUCACUGAUGAGUAUCUUUUUGGCCGUCUCAGGAAUACACACACUGAACCAAAUAUUUGGACAUUGUAUACACCAAAAGAUGCGACAGUCUAAAACUAAACAAUACUUUCUUGCCCUCUCAGAAUCCAAAAAAAAAUCAUGUAUCAAAAGUAUAAAAUGGGGCCAACUAAAGGAGUUACUCGAAAUAAAUUUCUCUUCUGAAUAUAUCAGCCAAAUAAUCGCACUCCCAAAUGGCCUUAGAACAAAAUUUGAACCAACUUCGACAUUUAUCACAGUCAAAAACUGUAAUACAAUUUCAGUUUCAGGUCAGUACUUCAGAAUGAUGGUAGAAUCUCCAACGCAGCCAAACUUUUGGGAGAGAAUGAUCUGUAUCAAUGGAUUUAAAGUAAUGAUACACAUUGAUUUAUUAAAACAGCAAAUGAAAAAGUUAAACUCUUUACAGAAUUGGGAAAAAUUACCAUCCGCCAUAACCUUAGAAAAUGAUUCAUGGCACUUUUCCAUACCGCAUCAUUUCGAGAUGUUUAAAAUAAUAGAUUCUAUUCCAACUAUAUUUAAGAGUAUUAAACAAAUGUUAUAUUCGUUGAAAACAUCAAAAGACGAUUUGAUAAUUUUCCCCCACAAAAUAGAGACUCCUUUAUCACUGCCAAAGAUUAAACUGAAAUCUAAAAGGUGGUUAUUUAGCAUUUCUGAUGAUCCACUAGAGGCAGAAUUGAAUACUAUCUUUCAGAUCGGUUUACAAGAACAACGGGAGAGACUUGCGAAAUUACAGGAAUUCAAUAAACGCAUCUCUGAAGAUUUGAUUAAAAGUCAAAAGAACGCUAAAGAAAUGAAGGACGACUUCGAGGCAAUUGAUAACGCAAUACUAAAGCACCGUACAGGAUUGUGGGCAAAGGAUGGGAAAAAAAGAUUGCGUAAAUCCGCAACAGAUUCUGAAAUACCUCUUACCCCAGCAGCUUUGAACAUUAAUGGAAAGCGUGAUGACAGGCCUGAUAGAACGCAGUUUAUUUCUCCCGAGAUUGAAAAUGCGUACAAUACUUUAUUAGCGAACUUCUCCGAUUCAUGGAUUAAAAGGGUGAAAGAAUAUAAAGUUAAAGAACGUCGUGAGUUCGAUAAGAACUUUUCUUUCUUAUGGGGUUUCAUUGAUUAUACUAAGCUCCCCAAAGAUAUUAACAAAAAAGUUUUACCUUUCUCAACAAAUCCUUUUUUAAUGAAUUUGAUAAUUGAGAAUAUCGAUAUUGAUAUAAUAAGGCCUUCAUGUGGCAUUGAAAAUAUUCCAAACUUCAUUCACGAUGUUGGAAAAGGCGUUCCGAAGAAUACAGAAUAUUCGAUUAUGAUUCCGAUGCAUUUAGAUGCGAAAUUUAGUGAAGUAAGAUGGCAUUUGAGAGAUUAUCCCCUGCCUUUUGUUAGUAUACCUCCACUAAGCUCUACACAAAGUAAAGAAACAAUACCUAUGAGAAUUUAUGGGGAUUUUAUGAUAACAGAGGAUAUGCUUCAAUCCGACAGAGAGCUUAGAACUUUAUUUGUUCCUUUAAUACCAUCGGUAACUGUUGAAAAUACAGAUAGAUAUUACUCGUUGUUCGUGCCCAGAACAAUGACUAGCGCUAAGAUAUUCACCGAUCUAAAUUUUGAAAUAAACUCUAACCAUACAACACGAGUAACUUGGGGUGGUUCUUAUCAACCAGCCAUUCAACAAACAAUGCAAUGUUUGGAUAACUUUUCAAAGCCUCCAUUAGAUCCUUCUGUUAAACUAGGGUUUUGGGAUAAAACAAGAUAUCUUUUCCAUGGAAAGAUCAAUAUAGUUUGGAAAAAGAGGGGAAAAUUCGAAAUUUCCCUUAAAGGCGCAAAAAGUCCCUAUAUGCUUGGCGGCGAAUCAGCUGGUUUCAUAGUUGGUUUUGAUGGUAAUGUUAACUUAAAAUGUAACGAAGAUAAUGAUCCCAAAAAAUUUUUAUCCUGCAGCGCAGACAAGGUCCAUUUCAGCAUUCCCAAUUAUUUUGCAAAGCCGUUACUGGUAUGGUCUAGACCUAGUACCAAUACAAUGUUCAUUCCAAACCAGGACGAUACGAACAUGCAGAGAUAUGCUUCAUUUUACUAUUUAUUGAACACUACAUCAAGUAAAAACGAAAAAGCAGACAAGGAAAUUAUGGGAAAAUCGUUCAUUGAAAAGACAGGAAUUAAACUAUCUGGGGGUAUGACACUGGAUAUGGGUAUUCUCUUCGAAAGGUUGGGGCCUAGUUUGAAUGAGAGAACUUUUGAGUCCAAAAAGCAUUAUUUGACUCGUCUAUGUAACCCAAUUUACGUUCAAGAUCUCUCAAAACAUGAUUCAUAUGCUGGCUUUAGAAGUGACUUUAUACAUAUGUCUUUCGGGCUAUCAUCUAACUCAAACUCCGCAUAUAACGCUAUGCAACUAAGUCCCAACGGGUUCAAGGCAUUCUUUGUUUGGUGGAAAUCAUUUUCAGGAAACUUUCCCGUAAGGAGAGGGCCAUUAUUUGGUCUCCAAAGUAUCAGUCCUAAAUUUGGUGAACAUUUAUAUACCAUUUCUUACCACGCAGAUGUCUCACCAUUAUUCAUUAAUUACAUGUACCACAACGCUGAUGCCGAUCAAAUUUUGCGUAAAAACUACUUAGAAGUUGCCGAAUUUGCUGGUUUAAAGGCUAAAUCUUCUCAUUUUAUUAUGGAUCUUCAUCAAAGGAAGGAAGUAUUGACUGAAUAUCAAGCCGGCUUGAACGUCAGAAGGAGAGUUAUGAAAUUAAAAUUUCUGGCUGGUGAUGUUGUAUGCCAGGACGUGGACAUCCGGACUGUAAGUGGUGAGUUCAGUAAAUUAAACUACAUUGAAGAGAAAGAGGAUGCUGAAUAUGAUAUUUUUGAUAAUGAUAUGUCGUGGCUUGAUAUAACAGAUUUUCAAGAUGCAUUUUUCAUUAACCCUGAUAAUUAUCUUCCAAAAAUUAAGAUUAUGCCAUUUGCCUUUUCUCCUCAGUUCGCUUAUCAAAAAAGAGCUAGUUAUGGUGACAAAUACCAAGUUGAUCCGAAAACAUGCAAGCCAAUAACGCCGUUUGAUAAUCGUGUCUCCCAUGGCUGUACACUAGGGCACAAUGUUUCUUUACGUACUGACCUAGUUGAGAAACGUGUUACAGUUUUGAAGAAGUUUCGAGAGAAAUUGCAGGAGGGUAUUAGAAAAAACAAAUCAGCCGGUGUAUCAGAGGAGAAUUUGAAUGAUUUACUCUCAAAAGCAAAUUCUAGUGUGGAAAAUGCAGAAUUACUACUGAAAGACUUCCAGAAGAUAUUUAAACAACAUGAAGCCGGACAAACAGAACAGCCUUUCCAUUUCGACUCUUUAAAUCUAUUGAAAAACACCAAAAAGACCCUGAAACAAUUUGAACAUAGAUUUUUUAUUUUUAACGUACUGUUGAAAUGGAACGAGGACGCAAGAAGUGCUAUUUUCAAAUUUUUUUACUAUGCUAACCUAUCCAAUGAAUUUGCUUCUUUAGCAAGUGGCAAGGGCCUAAGGGAAUUUGAAGAUGUAAUAAAGCAAAGAGAAAUGACUGAUGAUACAACGAGUAUGGAAGCGAUACCAGAAGGAACAGACAAAGCAAACACCACUAAACAAUGUCAUAGCUGCGAUGAUACAGAGUUCACCACUGAGAACCUUUUGAAUAUAUUUGAAAAAAAUAUUACACAACUGUCUUGUGACAUCAAAAAUAAGAUACACCAUAAGUUUUUUGUCCAAUUUAUAACUCCACAAAUUCAGUUGACAUCCCUGGAAAAUCCAGAAGCUUGUGUUUUGGUUUCUUCACCCUUUUUUAUGCUAAAGACAUUGGAAUUUGAUGCAAACACUACCAGUAACACGUAUAUGCAAGAUAUUUUUUUGAAAAGACAUGGCAUUCUAUUCGGAAACGCCAAUGCCUUUUUAUUUAAUAAAAAGGAUUACCAAGAGUUUUUUGAACUAUACUUCGGCUCCAGCUCAUAUGGCCAAGAUAAAAAAGAACAGUGGCCACCAUGGCUAGGCUUGGAGUUAGGAUUCGAACCUUCUGCAUUAAAAAAGAAAGCAGUGGUUAGGAAUAUUUCUGCUCUGCUUCAUCAUCAGAAAUUAGCACCGUUUUCUGCUAAAUAUGACUCCUUAAAAGAUAAAAUAGAAGAUAAUAUUUGCGGAUACGUUCCUCAAGUUAACGUACAAGUGAAUUCUGACGAGUACCUAAUGCUGACGAAGAUGGCCUUGAAAUUAUUCCUUUAUGUAGAACCCGAAGAUGAAGAAUUGAAGAAAUAUAUUGAAAAACUAAUUAUUGGUUACGAUAUCUAUGAUACAGCCCAAACUAGAAAAUUCGUAAAUGAUUUACACGAUAGUGAACAAAUUCUAGCUGUUGUUGAAAAGGAGCUUUUAUUCAAAAGAAGCCUAUUGGACGACAUUGGAAAACUCGAUCUAUCCAAUAUUCACAACGAACGCAUGCAUCAGUUGUUGAGGUUGUAUAUCUUAAGGAAGGUUUUCACUUCAAAUGGAAACAAUUACAUUAAUAGGACUUUAGUAUGGAAUAUCAAGGUUAAUGAAACUAUCUUGCAUUUAUUAGACAAAAUUGACAAACCAUUUUUAGAUAUUGCCGUUGCAAAGCUAAACUUUCAAAGAAUCCAACACACGAUGGGAUUAAGGAAGAACACUGUAACCGUAAAAAUGAUGCAAAUAUUUGACUUAGGCGAAAAUGUUAAUUAUCAUUGUAUUUUAGGGCCUUUGAUAACAUCAAGUGGUAAUGACACAGUCGGUUUGGCGAGUGAUGUUCCGUUAGUUCAAAUAACUUGGGAUGUUGAUAAGCCUGUAGGUGGUAUUAAGGUUGUUAAAAACGUUGAGACCACUUUGUCGAGUUUGACGAUAAAAUUAGAAGAGGACAGACUAAAUAAACUUUUUGAGUGGUUAUCGUUAAAGGAGUUAAUUUACGAUGGAAACGGAGAUGACGAUGAUGGAGCUUCCAGUAUUUUUGAUAUGGUGUCAUCAGAAUCAGAGGAAGGAAAAAUUGAGUUUUCAGAAGAUAUUAGUUCUGAUUUCAAUGAAAUGUUAAAGAGAUCAAGUGAUUAUAUGAUCGUUGAAGAUCUUAAAUUGAACAGCUUCAAACUUUGUAUCAGUUAUAAGGGCAAAGGAAAGAUGAGAUUGGCUAACGUUACUAACUUUGUUUUCAAUUUCCCGACUUUAAGAUUGUCCAACCAAACUUUGAGGGUCACAGAUCUAUUACUUGCCCUUAAAAAAGUGUUAAUCAAGGUUUUAAUAAAACAUACUGGGAGAUUUAUUGGUAAUAAAUUGAAAAGAAAUUCUAAGGAGAAUAAAAUUGCUGACGACACUUCACCACUGAAGCAACUCACAACUUAUAAUUCCUACACGGAGCCUGAAGAACUUCGUUAA